GUUAAGCAAACUCUCCAACUUGCUGCCCAAAAGAAAAAAGAAAAAAACCAACUCGAAGGCGACGGCAAAUUCUGAAGAACGCCUGCGACCUGUGCGGAAUGUUACCUCCUGCCUCUACCACGGGCUCUCGCCUCUUCCACCCCGCCGCCGCGGCCGCCUCUCGCCGCACCAUGGCUGCUGCCGCAUCCGCAAACCCGCCGCCCCCGCAGCAAUCGGUCCCCAAGGCGGUGCGGGUGGUGGUGAAGGGCCGCGUGCAGGGCGUCUUCUUCCGCGACUGGACGGUGGAGACGGCGCGCGCUCUCGGGCUUGCCGGCUGGGUCCGUAACCGCCGCGACGGCACCGUGGAGGCCCUCCUCUCUGGCGACCCCGCCAGGGUCGACGAGAUGGUCUCCCAGCGCCUCCCCGUCGGGCCCCCAGCCGCCGCCGUCACUGCCGUGCUCCCCUCCCCCGCCGAUCCGCUCGAUCCCUCCGAGGGCUUCAACCGCAAGCCCACCGCGUGAUGAAGGCUGGUUCUUGUACGUGACAUGUUUUCAUGCAGUUCAGGUCAAGGAAAAAAAGUUUCAUCCAGAGGCUUCUUUCGGAAUAAAAGUUCAUGGCCAGCCUUGGUUGAAAUCUCCACUUGUUCUGGCCUCUGCUCUAGACCUACCGGUCGGCUGCAACUCACCAUUCACCGGGAUAGCAGUGGCGGAUAGGGUUUUAUCACCGGGAUGUCAGUGUAUGCACAAUUUAAUUGUCAUGUUCAGACAACACAAAUUCGACAUAUAAGUAGCUUAUUGUGGUCUUUACCAUAAUAAUUCAAAGAAAAGGCGAAUAGUGCAGUUGUGGAGUUUAGUAUUUUUGAACCAUAGGCAUUAGAUCAACCAGGUUAAAUGUAAAUACUACAUGGUAUGGGAAAAUUUGCACAUUUUGGAGGGGGCUAAGGGUGCGACCCCUAAACUGUAGCCCCAGCCCCCAGGUAACCCCUAUCCUGCCGGUCCAGCCUCUCUUUGAGUACCUCUAAUGUAUAAGAUCACCAUUUGCCUUA